AUGUGGAUAAUGCUAGCAGCGGCAUUAGAGGAGUAUACUGGGGAUCAGAUCCGCAUCGAAAGCCUCAAAAUCCUCCAGAACGAAGGUGAGACACUGAAAGGACUCUUGGAUGAGUUCAGCGCAGUGUACAAAAAUCAAGCAAAUCCCGGAAAGAUCGUUGGAAGCAAAGACAGAUAUGCCAUUGUUGUCACUGAGACCUCGGGCUGUCUCGACUUUGCCGAUAGGUGUUCGAUAUCGCGCAACCACUUUAACAUCAACAAGUUUGCCAAACCAACAGAAGACGACUUCGAGAACGUCAGUGAUGCAUUGGUAAAGAUGAUUGAGCAUUCUAAUACAAUCAUGGAUGAUCAUGCAUACAUAGGCUGCAAACGUGCACUAUACAUCUCAGAAGAUGUGACCAACAAUGAGGACCCCUGGCUCUUCGAGAGGCCUGAAUGGCUCUUCGAACACGAAAGCUACACCAAAUGGAACGCUGGCAACCUGAAAGGCAGUCGGUCGCACGCUCUAUUGUCGCUGAGAGGUAAUCCAGGAACCGGAAAGACUGUGCUACUGACCGAAAUCGCCAAAAUAUGUACAAGCGAGAGGGCCAGUCUUAUUCGACACUGCUUUGGAGAUAUCAAGAGCCGACAGAUGACACCAGCUGAUCAGCUGCCGCGUCUCUAUAGAUCCUUGCUCUGUCAACUUCUUAAACAGGCUCCAAAGAAACCAUGGUCUUUCCUUGAGUCAUGGAAAGAAGCCUUCGAGGCCACAGAUAGUUCUCCAGUGAUUGACUACUGGACGAUCAAUAGGACCAAGACUGCCUUGAGGGAGAUCAUGUUGACCAAUACGACCAGCCUGACAGGUGGUGUUCGCAUUCUUAUAGACGAUCUUGACUGCUGGGGCUGA